AUGAAUUACCCAAUAUGGAGUCUUUUUUGUUCGUUUUCAAUUCUUAAAAUCCUACAAUUGGUUAUCAUCUAUUUUACACCGUCGACGUUUGAUACAUCUUCAAAACUACUUCACACCACAGUAUAUACAACAUCACCAUAUAAUGAAGUCACCACGACUAUAUUGAAAAAGUUAGUAGCUUGGGAUUCUGUAUAUUUCAACGACUUGUUCAUUAAUGAGAUCCAAUACGAGCAUCAGUUUGUGUUUUGUCCCGGUUGGAUCAAACUUAUUGAGGUGCUUGGCUCAUACAUUUAUCCGUCAAUAUACAAUGACAAGUCAACUCAAUACUAUCGUGUCCAGCUUUUGAGUAUCCUCGUAUCAAACUUACUUCACUUUACAUCCGUAUUGGUGCUUUUUUACCUAACAUUGUCUAUUUUUAAGCUGCAGAAAUUGAGUCUUAGAGCAGCUAAAAUGAUGAUCCUUUCGCCAGCAGGUGUAUUUUUGACUACCAAUUAUUCCGAAAAUUUGAGUAAUUUACUUACAUUGUUAACCAUUGCUGUGUAUUUCUAUUCAGUAAAUUUUGGUGAAGUGUCAACAAAGAGCAACAAGUCCAUAAAGUCCGUUUUGGGAUACAUAUCCAGUGGAGUGAUUGCUGCAUUAAACUACACAGUUCGAGCAAAUGGAUUACUAUUGGGCAUUAUGUACUUGUUUGACUUGUAUGAUUUUGCCGUGGUUGAUGGAGACUUGGGUACAUGUUUCCUUACCACAAUCACUGGCUCAUUGCUUGGUAUAACAUUCAUUUGGCAAAAUACAUAUCACUACUUUUUAUUUUGUCCUUUGCGAGGUGAAUGGUGCAAUAAGACAUUUCCAAGUUUAUUUGGCUAUGCACAAUCACAUUAUUGGAGUAAUGGCUUCUUAUCGUAUUGGACUCCUAACAAUAUCCCAAAUUUUUUGCUUGCUUUUCCAGUCGUAUGUUGGAAUUUUAUUUCCCUACGGUAUUGGUGGAAAAAGUUGCCGCAAAAUAGAAAAUUGACCUCAUUAGUUGUGGUAAAUUUUGUAUUGAUUGUAAGCGGGAUCUUAUUUAUGAAUGUGCAAAUAAUGAAUCGUGUGACUAGCGGUAUGCCGUUGCUUUACUGGACUUUGGCUAAUGGCUACGAAAAGUGGUGGUUCAAAUAUGUGUUGAUGUAUAUGUUGACAUGGAAUUUACUUCAAACUGCUCUCUUUGCUGCAUUUCUCCCACCAGCUUAA